AUGCGGACAACUACCCUCGGUUUACGAGGCCGCCACCUCCAUUGGGCUAUCACAUUCACUUCCGUCGUCGGUUUCUCCCUCUUCGGUUAUGAUCAGGGUUUGAUGUCCGGUAUUAUCUCCGGUGAUCCCUUUGAUAAUGAAUUCCCUCCUUUGGCCGGUGACUCUGCGCACGUUCAGGUCCUCCGUGGUGCCGUUACCUCCUGUUACGAACUCGGCUGUUUCUUCGGUGCCAUCUUCACUCUUAUCUAUGGUGAGCGUAUCGGCCGAACUCCAAUUCUGGUCGCUGGUGGUCUUCUCAUGAUUCUCGGUACUGUCAUCUCUACUGCUUCUUUCGGUCCUCACUGGGGUCUGGGUCAGUUCGUUAUCGGUCGUGUGAUUUCCGGUCUCGGAAACGGUGCCGAUACUGCUACUAUCCCUGUCUGGCAGUCUGAGUGUUCGGCCGCCCACAAGCGUGGUUUCCUCGUCUGCUUCGAGGGUGCCAUUAUCGCCGUCGGUACCUUCAUCGCCUACUGGAUCGAUUUCGGUCUCUCCUACGUCGACACCUCCGUCGCCUGGCGAUUCCCCGUUGCUUUCCAGAUCCUCUUUGCUAUUCUGGGUCGCGAACAAGAAGCUUGUCAGGUUUUGGCCGCUCUCCACGACAGCAGCCCUGAUGCUGAAGAUGUCUUGACCGAUAUCAACCUCAUGAAGGCUGAUCUUCAGGCUCAGGAGGGUGCUAAGGGUAGCUGGAAGACUCUUUUCACUUUUGGCAAGACCCAGGAGUUCCAGCGUAUGAUGAUUGGAUGCUCUGGCCAGUUCUUCCAGCAAUUCACUGGUUGCAAUGCUGCUAUCUACUACUCUACUCUGCUCUUCCAGAACGACUUGAACAUUGAGGGUAAGCUCUCUCUGGUUCUGGGUGGUGUUUUCGCUACUGUCUACGCUUUGGCUACCAUCCCAUCUUUCUUCAUGGUCGAGAAUGUUGGUCGUCGUAACCUGUUCAUGAUUGGUUUCGCCGGUCAGGGUCUCAGUUUCAUUAUUACCAUGGCCUGUCUGGCUGCUGGUGGCACUGAGAACUCCAAGGGUGCCGUCGUCGGUAUCUUCCUCUUCAUCUGCUUCUUCGCCUUUACUACGCUGCCUCUCCCCUGGAUCUACCCUCCCGAGAUCAACCCUCUCCGUACCCGUACCAUGGCCGCCUCCGCCUCGACCUGUGUCAACUGGAUUUGCAACUUCGCUGUGGUCAUGUUCACUCCCGUGUUCUCUUCUGCUUCUCCUUGGGGUCUGUACCUCUUCUUCGCCUUGGUCAACUUCACCGCUCUGCCUUUCGCCUACUUCUUUUACCCGGAGACCGCUGGCCGUGAUCUGGAGGAGAUUGAUAUCAUCUUCGCCAAGGCUCACGUCGAGGGCAAGUGGCCUUUCCAGGUUGCUGCCGAGAUGCCCAAGCUCACUGUUGAGCAAAUCAUUCAGAUGCAGCGUGAGCUUGGCCUUGACCAAAGCGAACCCAACACCAUCAAUGAUAGCGAGAAGGCUACUGAGACUGGUCUCAGCAGCAGUGAUAAUGAGAAGGCUACUCACUCCGAGUAA